GUUUUGAGAAUGUUUCUCACACAAGUCGAUAAAAGACCCAUCUCAGAUGAAGAAAAGUUUGGAUAUCUCCUUGAAUCAGUUGUACCAAAGGUAAGAGAUCGCAUAUCAAAUCUAAAACCAAGUACUUUGGGAUAUAAAAUGGCAUGGGAUCGACUUAAGCAAGAAUAUGGCCAAACCAAAUCGGUAAUUAAUGCACAUUUGGACGAAAUAAUCAAUCUAGAUGCGGUGAAAGGUAUACCGAACUUCUCUUGUUAAAUUGUAAACAGGUAUAUAACCACAGAAAUCACAAAGACAAAUUACAUUUAUUUGUAUAAAAAUAUAGAAUUCUCACGCUCACAAAUCACUUGUUUUGUUUUGUCUCGUCUCUCAUAAUCUAAUAAUAAACGACCCCCCAUCAACAUGCUCUUAAUGUUUCUUUUAUGCAGACGUCAAUCAUGCUUACGUCACUUAUAUGGGGGGGGGGUCCACUAUUCCGUACAACGCCAAGAAUAGUGUGCUGCCUCACUGCGCUCGGCAGUAAUGUCUAGUAAAAAACGUAACUUCAAAAGCAAAGAAUCGACAAUCACUUGUCACGUUUGCAAAAAAGUAAUGCUGGAGCAAAAUUUCUCAACGCUGCAAUGUUUCCAUCCGAAAAAAGACCUCGAAUAGAGCAAGCACUAAGUCCCGAUAUGGAGGCAGAAGAUGAGCAACUGGAUUCAUUCACGAGCAACUGGAUUCAUCCAGGACCAUGGGCUAAACAUUUUCACAGAUGAUGUUUGCAAUAACGAAAGCAGUGGAACUGAUGCAGAUGUGACAAGCAUUGCGGUUGAGGACGUUUAUGAUAGCACAGUUGAGGAACGACCAGAGUCAACAAAAACAGACAUAUUAGAAAGUGAAGUUGACAACCUGAGGACUGAUUUAAGCCAUCUCACAAGUGCGGUUAUCAUUGACUGGUUUAAGAAAGCGGAAAUCAUUGAGUUGCAAAAAUCAAAAUUACCGAACUCUGUGGAGGUAACCGAGCCGCAUGGUUCAAACGUUCAACCUCGAGAAGCCACAGCGUCGGCCUGAUCAGUAUGAUGAUGACUCUGUCCUCGUAAAAUGUAUAAAGGAUAUUGACAUGUUGACAUAUUUUCCCAAAAUGGAAUUGAUCAAAGAAGAUUUAACAAUAAUUUGCGGAGUGUGCAUUCCAAAAAACGAGAUGAGACUGGUUUGUCCUACUGGAAGUGCUUUACCUGCUAGGAUGUUUUUGGUUAGGAAAAGCAUGCUGCCUCGUACCCAGGCGCUUUAAAUAUAAUACAUGAAGUAUUCAGCACUCUUCCCAUCAGCCCCUUUUCCCUUCUGUCGCCACCACAAUACUUCAUGUAAACUCGGCAUACGCGCAUCGCUGUUUUUUUACAAAGAGACGCUUGGGUACGAGGCAUGUCAAGGGCUUUCAGAAAUCUCAAGAUCAGUAUACAUGUAUCUCGCCAUUUGAAGCGUGAUACACAUCAAAGCGCAAUUUCGGAAGACGAAAGUAUGACCAUCAAAAUGAAAAACGAGAGCAACCGAAACAAUGCCAUAGCCUUGCUUGUUCCAAAAUAUACUGCCGUGGACGACCGUAUACCGAUUAUGAAGAUGAGGGGUUUUUUGCUGCACAGAUGCGGAGUUGAUGUAGGAGAUAUAAAUCAUUCCUAUAAGUCUCCACAGAAAUUUGUGGAAUCUGUUGCUGAAGUUGUCAAAGAUAAUGUGAACUAUUUUCUGAUUGUUACAAAGCUAUGCUGAUGAUCUUCAUGACUUCAUUUAUGAUUUAUUUUAAUCUAUAAAUAUCUAUAUUUAUAAUCUAUCAAUAGUGAUCCCCUGGUGAAGACACUAGACUGGAGUGUCAAAACGUUGGGUCUUGAUUACAAUUCGACUGGGCUUUGUAUUCAUUUAUAUUCACCAGAGUAGCGAGCGACAACAUGAUAAAUAUUCUACUCGCCGUAGUCAAACCGACUGGGCUUUGUAUUCAUUUAUAUUCACCAGAGUAGGGAGCGAAAACAUGAUAAAUAGUUCUACUCGCCGUAGUCAAACGUAAAAAUAAAACAUCGUAUUCACGAAAGUAUGUGGCAAGUUUUACAUUCUCAACUUGGAGGUUUUAAUUUUCGAUAUAAUAUAUCAUUUAUGGACCCUCCGCUCGGGGGAUUCAGCGAAAUAUUACCCUCCGUGAUGAUAUUUCCCUUGGGGGUCAAUAUCAUCACUUCGGGUGAUAUUUCGCCGAAUCCCCCGAGCGGAGGGUCUAUAAAUGAUAAUUGUACGUAAUGUGUAAUAUGCAACCUUUCUUGUUGAUUAUAGAGAUCAUGUUUGUUGAGAUAGCAACAUCUUUGUUCGUAGUGUGGCUUGUCUGGUACUUUCUGACCACUUUCCUAGAGAGAAGAACACUGCCACCUGGACCAUUCCCUUUUCCAUGGAUUGGAAACUUACCAAUCUUACUAACAAACCCCAACAAACCACUGAGAAAACUGCGGCAAAAGUAUGGAGACAUUUUCACCAUGACGUUUGUCACAGGAAACACUGUUGUCUUAAACACUGCGACCCUCGCGAGAGAAGCGAGGCUGACAAGAAAAGACGAUGUUUUAGGCCUUUUAUCUGAAUGUGUUUAUCCAAUGGAUAUCAUAGUGGGUCCAAAUGACCUGGUUUACGCAGACUAUGGUACGGUGUAUUUGUUUCGUAGGAAAGUAUUUAAGUCAGCCAUGCACGUAUUUGGAACCGGAAUCGAGCAAGCAGAAGAAUAUGUAGGAUAUGCAGUAAGAUCUGCUCUUGAUAAAAUUGAAUCACUGAAGGGUCAGCCGUUCUCACCAAAGGACCUUGCUGCAUCAGCAAUUCUUAUUCAGCUUUGGGAAUGGAUCACGUCCAAGAAGAUAUCCUUUGAUGAUCCGACCAUUAAAUCUCUUUUUGAAUUUCGUGAUAUACUCGUGAAACAAAGUUGGCAAAGUUCCCUGUACGAGUUAGUACCAUUUCAAUCCUAUCUGCCCACAGAAUUUAACCGAAACAUUAAACAAGCUCAAAAUAUUAAAGAGAUGAUAUUCCCCCCGGAGUUCAAAGCCCAUCUGAAUAGCUACAUCCCAGGUGUUAUACGUGAUAUGACAGAUAGCUUCAUUAGUGCUUACGAAAAAGAGAUUGCAAAAGAGAGUGGUAAGGAUAUUGGAUCGAUAAAUGAUAUACCAGGGUUAAUGUUGGACGUUGCAUUAGCUGGUUCGGAUACAACAUCUGCAACUGUUACAUGGUUUAUUUUGUACAUGGUUUUACACCCUGAUAUUCAGGAGAAAAUCCACGCCGAACUUGAUGAAGUAGUGGGUAGUGACCGCCUACCACGCUGGCAGGAUGCUAAGGACAUGCAUUACCUGCAAGCCACCCUAUGUGAAGUUCUACGACGGUCAAGUCCAGUUCCCGCAGCUCGUGCAAACACAGUCCGUGAUGUAACAAUAGGGGGUUAUCAGAUUCCAAAAGGAACGUUAGUCGUUUUUAAUAUCAGUGAAAUUCAUCUAGACGAGCGUGAAUGGUCUGAGCCUGAUAAAUUUCAACCUAAACGAUUUCUUGAUGCCGAUGGCAAGUUUGUUGGUUGGACCACUUUCCAUGGUUUUAUGCCAUUCAAUCUUGGUCGCAGAGAAUGUGUUGGUAUGACAUUUGCGAAGAUAAUGAUGUUUACGUUCACUGCUACGCUACUACACCAGUUCAAGAUUGAACUACCGGAUGGAGCGGGCAAACCUAGCACUGAACCUCCAGGCAUUCAAAUUAUUUCAUGUCCAAAAGAUUUUCAAGUUGUUGCGAAGAAACGAGGUUGAUUUUCUAAAUUAGAACGUGUGCAGAACGCAGAGGAACACAAAUUAAACUGCUGAAGUGAAGGACACGUUCCUGGUGCGCUUUCUAUUUGAUAAUUUCUGUAUAUUAUAGUGAGUUAAAUUGCUUUCCUGAUGGCUGAGGUCUUAAGUCGCUCCUUUCGGUUUGUGCCUGUUCAUUCGUUUAAGCCGGUUUUCCACUAGGCGAAUUUCUUCGUGCGGAGCCACUUUUUUCCUUUUUCCAUUACCAAAACCGCGGAUCCUUCCUCUCACCCAAAAAAGUGUAGCGUUUUCGUGUCAAAACAUUCAGGAAUGCGACUACAUUCCUAAGCCGUGAAAUCGACAAUUUGGAAAACAAGACACGUUAUUUUCAGGAAGGAUCCUCGGUUUUGGUAAUAAACGAUGCCGACAAAGGAAAAGCUAAGGUCACUUCGUGCGAACAAAUUCACCUAGGUCCUAGUGGAAAACGGGCUUCAUACGAACAGUUCAGUAAUUUUAGCUCAUUUUAAGGCCAAGGUUGGAAAAAAUAGUAAAAAGCUAAAAAUUGUUAGAUGCAAUCAUUUAACUAUCCUGAACAAUAUAUACUAAAAGUCCCCAUGUAUCCUCUUGGAGCUUUCUCCAUUAUGACAAGGUUUUUUUCGAUUUCCCUUUACUCCCAUAUUGUUAAAAAACGUGAAAUUUCAAGUUCACUCAUUACAAAAAUGACUCGCAUCACUAGAAAGCUCAUAAAAACUUAUAUAAGACAUUUAAACAGUCACCUAAAUUUUUCAAGCGGCUUUCGAGUUAUUGCUGUUCCAAAUGUGAAAAAUAGGCCAAAAUCUGGCAAAACAUCCUGGGUACUAGUCUGACAACACGUUUCCUGCUCAUAACUCAAGAAGAACUUGCAAAAUCAAGCUAGCCGUUUAAAUGUCUUGUAUGUAGUUUUUUGUAAGUUUUCUAAUGAUGUAACUUAUUUUUCCUAUAAAUGAAUCUGAAAUUUCACUUUUUUAACAAUAUAGGAGUUCAACAGGGAAAUCGAACAAGAAACUUGUCAUAAUGGAGAAAGCUCCAAGACGAUACAUGAGGACUUUUAGUAUGUUAUCAAGGUUGCUGAAGAGAAUGCAUACGCCAAUUUUUGGCUUUUUACUAAUUUUUUCUGAGCUAUUUUCUAUUUUGAUUGUACUAGAAGUGGUCUUCGUAAAUAACGAGAUUUUUGGGCAUGUCGUUCGAUAGUACUAAUAGUGGAUGGAGUAGACAUGGGUUUCUUGUUCAGAUGAAAUUUUCGAACGUAAGUUUCUAUACACUUUAAGACCUUAAAGACUAGUGAGAGAGAGGAAGUUUAUUAAAAAUUUACACAUCGCAGUCCAAGGACUGUCAAUAGACCUUAUUCAUCAAUCGUGAUCGAGGCCUCGUAUCUUAGGUACGGGGAAAAACGCGGGAAAACUGACAAAAUGUUUUUUUGCUGUCGGCUAUGGCAGCUUUUUUUCGAAAAUAUUACGGCUUUUUUCGAAAAUAUUAUCUAUAAAACUGAGCUUGAAAGUUGAAAUAAUACUUCUGAGAAAAUAUAACAUCAUGUUAUAAGGAUGCUGAAGUCAAUCGAAAUGGAAACCUUUGAAUUAUUGUCGUAGUUUGUAUGGCCAAAACAAACAACCAACAAGGCUACAAAACGCCUACAACACCAAAAUCGUAAAAAUAUGAAACCAUUGUUGAAGAAAUAAGAUUACAACUCACUCCGGUAAUGUUGCCCUCAUUUUUUUAAACUUGUAAGCUGCUUGCAGAAUGUCAUUGAGCCACAGGCAUAGUUCAUAUUUUUUCAAUAACAUUUGACGUUUUCUUGUGAUUUUUGACCUCUUGUUUUCUUUCAUAUUAAUGUCAAAUUCCAAACAUUAUACUUUCAUUCCAUAGUUGUCUUGCUUUUUCACGGAAUAACCUAUAUAUUGACGUUAAAACUCAGUAAAAUACUGUUUUUCGCUUCUGGAUAAACACCGUCGCUACAUUGUCAUUUUCCAAACAAAAAACGGGAGGAAAACCGGUCGUUUCUAUAAUAUACUCGUUUACAGCUUUCGUUGUGGGCACAAAGUCUUAAAAUACACACAAAAAUCGUUAUAAAUCGAAAUAAGCAACAAGAAACAAGCAGUUAAAGUCGAAACAAUAGCAUCUGAAUUUGGCUUGUCAAGCAGUUUUCCUUGUUUUCCCCGUAUACUAGACAUAGGGCUAGGAUACGAGGCCUCUAUCACGAUUUAUGAAUAAAGUCUAUUACAAGUAAUUUAAAUCCUACUUCUACUAAACUAUUUAUUAUGCAUGCAAUACUAAAAGUUUACGUUAGAAUAUCUAUGAAUUCUAGUAAGAAUAUCUACUAUUACUAACACCAAUUAAAUACUAUACUGACUAUCUUUGAGCUUUUGAAAUAGAAAUUUCAUCUACAAGAAACCUAUCUACUCUUGGUAAAUAACUCUAUGCUAGGCGCUCCACAAUAAUAAUUUUCUAUAAUUAAAACGUGUGAAACUUGUGAUGGUAUUGUUUAUCAUUAGACAUUAUCUGGCCCUGUAACUAUUCUUGACACGCUGUGGUUUCCCCACAGGCUGCUCCAUUUACUGUUCUAGAACAUUUAGAACACUAUUCUGGAACGAUAUAAAAUGGAGUGCACACGGUGUCCUGGAACAGUGUUAAGUUUAUUAUAUAUGCGUGCAACCAUGCAUUACUAUAUUAAUUAGUUAUUCGCAUAAUAAAGCGUAUAAUGAUUCGC